UUAUUACAUAUACUAACAACCACGGAUUUCAAAAUAAAUCCUAUUUAUUUAUAACUUAGUAAGAUUUACAAACUUAAAAUAUUGAUGAAAUAAUAAUUUAAAAGUUAUAACGUCUCACUUUUUGUUUUUGUAAAUUAUCAUUGUUAAUGUUAACGAUAGCAGUGAGCACUGUUUUAUUUUUAUAAUCAUAACCUGUCAAAUAUUAAUACUGAUAUAUAUUUAUCAAAUAAAUAUAUUGUCUAGAAAAAAAUUUGAUAUUACUUAAAAAAUAAAAAAUAACCUUUAAAUUAAUUUAAAACAAUAAUGAGUACUGAAGAUAAUAGUAAUAAUAAUGAUAAUUUAUUAUCAUCAUCAGUAAUAGUGGUUAAAGCUAAACCAGUAAGGAAAGUUUUUAAAGCCGGAGCUGUUCGUGUAAAUAAAAUACCUCAAGAAUUAUUAAAUGAUCAAAUAUUGAAUGCUGCUAUUGCAGCUUUACCUGAAAAUUAUAAUUUUGAAAUUCACAAAACAAUAUGGAGAAUACGAGAAUUAAAAGCCAAAAGAGUUGCACUUCAAAUGCCUGAAGGUCUUUUAAUUUAUGCAACAACAAUAGCUGAUAUAAUUCAAGAUUUUACCGAGGCUGAAACUGUUAUUAUGGGUGACGUUACUUAUGGAGCAUGCUGUGUAGAUGAUUUUACUGCUCGUGCUUUAAAUAUUCAUCUUUUAAUUCAUUAUGGGCAUUCAUGCUUAAUACCGAUUGAUCAAACUCAAGGUAUUAAAGUUUUAUACAUAUUUGUGGACAUAAAAAUCGAUACAGCACAUUGUAUAGAUUGUUUAAAAGCAACAUUACCCGUAAUAACUAAAAUAGCUCUCGUUAGUACAAUUCAAUUUGCUGGAACUUUACAAGUUAUUGCUAAAGAAAUGAGAAAUGGAGGAUAUGAAACGACUGUUCCUCAAAGUAAACCUUUGAGCCCUGGAGAAAUAUUAGGAUGUACUGCACCACAAAUACGAUGUGCAGAUGCUUUAAUUUAUAUUGGCGAUGGACGUUUUCAUUUAGAAGCAGCUAUGAUUGCAAAUCCAAAGCUUUGUGCUUAUAGAUAUGAUCCUUAUGAAAAAAAACUUAGUCAAGAAUUUUACGAUCACGAUACAAUGCGAGUUGUUAGACAAAAUGCUAUUGAAAAUGCAAAAAAUGGAAAUACAAUCGGCCUUAUUCUUGGAACCCUUGGACGCCAAGGUAAUCCAAUUGUAUUAAAGUCUCUUGAGAAAAGAAUUGAAUAUUUAGGAAAGAAAAAUGUUAUUAUAUUGAUGUCUGAAAUUUUUCCCGAUAAAAUAUCAAUGUUUUAUGAUAUCGAUGCCUUUAUACAAAUAGCAUGUCCACGAUUGAGCAUUGAUUGGGGAACAGCAUUUAACAAACCAUUUUUAACUCCUUAUGAAGGAGCUGUUGCAUUAAAUCUUUCAAAAUAUGAUUUAGACAAACCAUAUCCAAUGGAUUUUUAUGCAUCAUCAAGCUUAGGGCCAUGGACACCUAAUUAUAAGCCAGAAACAGAGCUUGAGAAACAGAGUGAUACUUGUUGUGGAAAAUGUAAAUAAUAAUAAUAAUAAUAAAAUUUACAUUAUUUCAAUACUAUUAUAUUUUUAUAAUUCAAUUUCUCUAUAAUAAAAUAUAGUAGUGUUUCAAAUAUAAAAGCUCCAGCUUGAAUACUAUCAUUAUUAUUAUUAUGAUAGUCUAUCAGAGAAAAAAAAACGAAAUUAUAAAAAAAAAUUGACCAAUCAUGAGUCGUUUGGACGACACCUUCAUCUGUGUAAAACUAAGCAAACAGAUACAUACUCAACUGUUACGGUUGGUGGUCGUAUGAUCGAAUGCUCGGGUGGUGAGUUGCGAUAAUGAAGGGCCCGCGUGGGCGAAUUACGUCAUACGCCCACCUGUAGCCAGCCCCAGCGCAAAUAUAUACACCACACAUUGAACUCUGUGACUAUAUUUAAUAUCUAACGGGUGUUUUUUCCUUUUUUUCAAAGAUCACUUAAAUUAUGAUACUCGCUAUAAUCACCAUGAUCACCAUGACAAUAUUAAUUAUAAUAGCACCAUCAUUCUCUCAUAAAAAUUUCUUUGACUUUUGUCAUUUUUUUUAUUAUACAAUAAAAAAUGAAAGAUUUUAAAUUAAAUGCUGAUACGUCUUUACUAAAUCCAAGUCAUAGCUUUUGUUCUAUACAUAUAUAAUCUAAUAGAUUUAUGUUGUAUAAUAAAAUAUAAACAAGAUAAAUAAGGGAUAUUAUGAAUAUUAAAUAUAUGUAUAUAAAUAUAAAAGGGACAAUAAAUUAAAUACGGAAAAGAGAAUAAAAAUGUGGAUUGGUUUUCCAAACAUGACACAGGGUGUAUGAUAGAAAUUUGUUGGGAGGGUGAAAAGCGGCGCCGACCGCACCCCGGCGUCGCGACGUCAGUCGCCGUCCAAACGUGGCUCAACAAGUAUCUCUUCCUUUAACUUUCUUAUUAUUCGGUGUGUAUAAGUUUUAAAUAUUAUAUUAUAUUUUUAAUAUAAUUUUGUUGUUUAUAUUUAUUUAUUUAUUUAAUAACUAUUAUUGUUGAUUAUUUUUAAAUCUAUUGAAUUAAAGUUAAUAUUUAUUAAUAAUAAUAACGACCAUCUGACUAAAACCAAUUAUUCUGUCGCGGCAAUUAACCGAUAGAUAUAAUUAAAGGAUUAUAAUAGACAAGUUUAUUGAAUAUGCGAUCAGAAAUGACAAAUGAAGACAGUUUUAAUGAAAAUUGGAUAUUAGAAAAUAAAGGACAUUCUAGUAAUAAAAAUGUAUCGGCACUACGUAA